AGGUUCAGGUGAGGGACGAGGUACUCCGCUACUUCUUCGAGGUCAAGUUUCCUCCGUAUGUGUGGCGCCAUCUGUGUCUCCAGUACAACCACACUAACCAACAGGUGGAAUGUUUCGUCGAUGGUGAGGAAGAGUUUCUGUCAAUGAGAAACACACUGAGGAGGCCCACAGGGGAGGCGGCGGUACAGGAUGUGGGAGGGACGUCAGGACCGGUAGAUGGUCUAAUGCAGUGUAUACCAGAAGGUGAACUCAACUGUUCAAGAGAGGAAGAGGACGGCGAUGAGAUACAAACAGUGUGGAUGAACGACAGACCACAGGAGGGGGGGCAGACGGUGGCAGGGAGGGUGUGUGUGGGAGGGGCGGGGCAGUGGGGUACUCUAGAGGCUGAGGUGGUUGGGAUGAAACUGUGGAGGCGAACAUUGGGCACAGAGGAGCUUUACGGCGUCUCUGGCUGUCACCGACACCCCCGUGUUGUAUACCCCGACCUGAUGAUGAAUCUAAGAUGGUCUGUUGAGGGUAACGCCUCACUGCUCUCCUACGUGUUAGAUCAUUUGUGUACCUCCGUCCCUCGUGUGGUGGUGGUUCAGCCCGCGGGGAUAUACGCCCGUUAUGUGACCAUGUGUCAGGCCCUUGGUGGUGCCCUUGUGUCUGAUGGAAACUUGUCCUCAACAACCACGGAACUCGCCCGUGGUGCCAACGACUCCUGUGUGGGCGCGGGCGGCUUGGUGACCUGGCUGGGUGGAGGUUACAGAGUCGCUGGAACAGAGUUAAAAGUCAACACCGAAGAUGAGUGUCCGGCCAUGGGUGUGAGUGGGCCUGUAUGGGCGUCAUGUGAACUACGAAUGGAGUGUUCUGUGUGUGAGGUGCCUGACGCCAUCUUGUUCAACCUUUAUGGACACGACGGUAAACUCUUCGACCAUAGCUUUUAUAUCGACACAGACUCCGGGGCGCUGGUGUUCAGAGGACUUGGUGGGUCAGCGAUCAUGCGGGAGGGUGGCGGGUGGGUGCUGAGGUCGACGCUUCACCAGACGGAGUGGCUACUGAGAGACGCAGCGGUGCCUGUGGGUCGUCAAAGGUGGAGUGUCGAGGGUCAGGAGGUCGUGCUGGCCCUCACCACCUGUCGUACCACCCAGUUCGCUUGUGACGAUGGCCAGUGUGUCCCUCACACUUCUCGCUGUGACGACAUUGUCCACUGUGGCGACAGCUCAGACGAGGCCAACUGUCAGGUGGUGGAGAGGCCACUUGGCUACGACCCUUACUACGCCCCGCCCCCACGACCCGGAGAGGUGGUACCUAUAGACCUAGAUUACCAUAUAGACGUGUACAAUGUGGGCGAUGUGACCACCAAUGUGGGCGAGGCGAGCAUGGACGUGGGGAUCACUAUAGCGUGGUUUGAUCCGCGGGUUAAAUUCCUCAACCUGAAGCCGGAGAUUAAGAACUACUUCCCGUGUGAGCUGGUGUGGACCCCGCGGGUGAGGGGGGUGUCGGGCCGCGGGGAGGGUAACAUCCUCGACACCAACGACUACGAGAAGUUCUGCUACUCCUACCAGAACGACCAGACCGAAGAACGGCCCUUGCAUGACCCUCUUAUGGGUCAUCAGGCGGACGGGAUGACCCACGCCAUAGAGGUGUACUUGGGGGUACUAGCCACGGUGCCCUGCCACUUCCAGCUCCAGAUGUAUCCCUUCGACGUUCAGAUGUGUAACCUGUCCUUCAUGGUGAUGAACGCCCCCUCCACCAGGGUCUUCCACAAGUCUACUCCCGGCAACCACGUCCCUUACCUCAAUGCACGGCGAGUGUUGCUGGAGUACUCGCUGGAAGAUCAGACAACUGAGGUGGGGUGGUACAUGCUGGGCUCUGAUAACAACACCUUCUUCUCUCUCACCUAUCACCUGCGUCGUCUCUACGGUUACCACGUGAUGAACAGCUUCUUCCCCAGUCUCCUUAUAUUCUUUAUCUCCUACGUUACGUUCUUUUUCCAGCUUGAAGACUUCACCAACCGCAUUAUGAUCUCACUUACGGGUCAGCUUGUGUUAGCCGCCUUGUUCACAUCCACCACGCAGUCCUCCGUCAAGACACCGUAUCUAAAACUCAUUGAUGUAUGGUACGCCGCCAUUAUUACCUUCUGCUUCCUCAUAAUCAUCAGCCAGACACUCAUCAACGUGGUGCUACACAGUGUCCGCCUCCCCAGCGCCAUCAUCAAGGUGCGAGAGUUUGGGGCACGACAAAGCAACAAGGUAAAGCCUCUGUUUUCUAAGCGGCCUGAGAGUCAACAAAAGCACAGCCAUCAUCAUCAUCAUCAACACCAGGAAAAACCCAACCAGGAAAUGGCACGUUUCUGUAACUUGGUAGCGCAGGUCGUUCUCCUCACCCUCGUCGUAAUAUUUAUUUUCUUCUACGUGUUGAUGGCGGCUGGGCUCCUACCUAACCCAGCAACCAGUACGAGUGGUGCAGAACGCUGAGGGGCAGGUUACCAAGAGAACCUGCACAGGACGAUAUAUCUUUUUUCUUUUUUUUUAACGUUUUGACCUAUUUUGGAAACGUCUUACCUAAACCAUCCCAAGAGGUUAUGUGGUUGAAACAUUAUAAUUAAACCACCCCACGGUGUUCUUCUCGUCUUAGGUUAGAUACAAGACCCUACAACGAGAAUCCAAAUUGUACUAGCAGAUCUGAAGCUGUACACGCAUGAUAUAAACAAACAAGUUACAAUAUGUUACGAUUUCUAUAAUGUGUUAAUGAUUACUGCUUUGUGAUAAUUAGCCGAGGUGUAAUUAAAGAUAUUUCAAGUAAUCAUUGUGGGUAAUAUAUCCGCUGGUAAAUUAAUUAAGUUCUGUCGGGUUCAGAACACAAGUCAAGGAGGAGUUAUGUGUCGUUGUUCAGGUGUUCCUUUAGUUACAUAAAGAUAG